GUGCGAGCUCUUCUGCCCAACCAACUAAAGCCAAAAUUACUCGAACAGCUAGAAGAGUCGGUCGGUGUGCUUGCGAGGAUGAGUGAAAAAAAUGCACUGUAAAUCGCGGUGGCGGUGCCUUUGCGGUUCUGAUUAGUCCAAAAUUGGUUACGCGAAACGUGUGAGAAUCGGUGGUCGCGGAAAUUGUGCGUGGUUUCUCCUUCCGGGUGGUGAAAAAACGAUGAAAAGCUGCGAGAUCAUUGCCAGCAGCAGCAGCAGCACUUUCGUCAUCAUCAGUGGCAGUAGGAUCUCGUCGUCAUCAUCGUCAUCGAAGCAGCCACAAAAUAGCAACAGCAGCAACAAAACCUUCAGAAAGUCAGAUUUAGAAGAUCGCCGUCCAUCAUGGAGGAAAAGAAGUAGGAAGUAGUGGGACAGCAAAAUUUUAUACUUUUAAAUAGUUUGGUUUUUUAAUAUUAAAAGUGUGUAAAUAGUGAUUCGCGGAAGAAAAAUGUUUCUGUCGAUUCAUCUGUCGUAUACGACAACACAACUACGCUAGUGCAAAAUUAUUCAAUCGUACACAGAAGAUUUCAGCAGCCGCCUUUGAGCAACGAAAAGGAAGGAAACAAAUCGUCAAUCAAACGGGAAGCAAAACAAUUCAGACGCCGAGAUUCGCAAUUAUUCGCUUUUGCACAGAGUAACGACCGCAGCAUCUGCAUCUAGCGCCUUGUAACCGAAUGAGAUUUUCGCUGCAAUUACGACCAUGGGCAAUUGCAUUGGAAUUAAUCGGAAUGAUCCGGAAACCCUCGAUACCGGAUCCGCCAACGUAACCCGGCCAGUGACGGGAAAUACAUCCAGCUACGUCGGUACCCAGCGCAAAAACCAUCCGCUGUGCCACGAAACGAUCCGCUGGAAAUCGGAAGUGCCAUUAACGGAGGGUCAGCUGCGCAGUAAACGGGACGAGUUCUGGGACACGGCCCCAGCGUUCGAAGGGCGCAAAGAAAUUUGGGAUGCGCUGCGGGCAGCGACCAGUGCCGCGGAAGCGCUCGACUUCCAGCUGGCGCAGGCCAUCCUCGACGGGGCCAACAUUUCCGUUCCCAAUGGAUACCUCACCGAGUGCUACGACGAGCUCGGAUCGCAGUACAAGCUCCCGAUCUACUGCUUAUCAUAUCCGAUCAACAUAGUUAAGGAAGAUUACGGACGUGACUCGCCUGCCGAAUACUCGGAACCCGUGGAUGGAGGCAUUGAAGUCAUCCUAAAGCUAAGGCUUUCGUCCACAUGUACAGAUGUUAAAUUACCAGUUUAUUCUAAAGACACAAUCGGUCAAUGUAAAAAGAAACUUCAGGCCCAGGAAGGAAUCGAUGCAUUUACUCAGCGAUGGUUCUACGGGGGUAAGCUGCUAGGUGAUAAGAUGCACAUCGAUGAGGCCCACAUACAGCCCGGCUACAUAGUGCAGGUUAUUGUAAAUACCGAAAAACAAUCGUCGCUGGCGAUUAGCUAGCCAAGAAACAAUCGUCACUCGCAAUCACACACCGAGGUGCGAUGCGGCCGAAUCAGGGGCACCGUUUCAAUGAAUGGGUUGGCGCGGUGGCGGUGGCGCGGUAGUAUCAGUUCUGGUACCGAGUUCGUUGUCGGGCGCCAAGGCCUGCCCGAGUCGAAAUGUGUUAAUAUAUGCUAAAUACUAUUCAAAUUGAAGUUUUAUGAAUUCGAUCAAUCUUGCUCUUGAAAUUCGCACAUGCUCGCAGCUGCUGCCUUUAAGGGGAAGCAUGGUUGUGUUACGAUUCAGCUGCUAUUCGCAGGUUUCAGGACGGUGGAAACUUAUUAUAAAAAAGAGUUAAACCUAUUGAGUAACGCUGAUGAUUCAAAUGUAGUGGGAGGAGAGAAGCGAAAAUAGUUUAAGUAAUCAAAUAGUUAUUACAAUUACUGAUAAGAGGUAAUUAAUAUAUUAUUGAGAGACAAAACAUAUUUAAAUUUUA